AUGGCGAAACCGGUAAACCCGCUAGAUCAGCUCGCGAUCCAGAAUGCGAUUGCGCGGUACUGCGAGGCGCUCGACACCAAAGUGUGGGAUCUUUUCACCAAAGUCUUCACGCCAGAUGUCGUUGCCAAUUACCCAUUCAACCCGGACAUGAAAGGCAUUGACGCCGUAAGAAACGCUAUCAGUAACAGACUCGGCCCCAUCGCCACGCACCACGCCCUCAGCACGCAAACUAUCGUCUUCGGCAGCGACCCUAGGACUGCAAACGCAGUCACGUAUUUCGUCGGGAGUCACUUUGGGCAAGGCCCGCAUGAGGGCAAGGUGCUGCAGGCGUACGGGCGAUAUGUGGAUGAGCUAGUGCUGAUGGAUGUCGGGGAAGACGGUGACUAUGAGGGUGUGCCUGGGGCGAGUGGUGUGUGGAGGAUUAAGAGGAGGACGGUGGGGUUUACGAAGAGGGUGGGAGAUGAGAGGAUCAUGAGUGAGUUUUAA